GAAUUACAUUUCUCCCCACUUAAAAUAAUUUUUUCCUCAAAAUUAACUAAAUUAUUGUCAUAAAAAAGAUGAGGAUACUAAACUCUCUUUGACUCUUAGGUCUCCCAAGUAGCUUCUUCAACCACAUGUGUUAUAACUUUGUCAAGGUGUAAAACAAAUUUAGUACCUAAGUACCACCAAUAGUACACUAAAUAUAAAGGUAAUUUAGUGGCAAGUAGGGUUGAAUCCACAUGAAGACUGAUUAUUAAAUGUUCCUAGCUUGAUAGACGACUAAUAAAAAAACACAAAACAUUUGCGAGAAGGGUGUUUGGUUUGGUUUUCAAAAUCAAAUAAACAAACUACAAGAAACUAAAACAAGGGAAGUGUAAACCGAAAUCAAAGAGGGUUUAACAAGGCAAAACAGUAAACACAACACUAAAGUUGUAAUGCCCUAGAAACCGGUCUAGAAGUUAAUCUCUAAUGAAAUAAAUUAGAAUUAUUUAUUUAUGACAAUUUUUUUAGGUAAAAGACACAUUCAUUCAUCAAAUCAAAUGAGAAACAAAGUCAGGGGAGAAUUCCACCACUCAUUAGUCCUCUCCCCGCCUCUCUAGCAAGAGAAUGAGCAAUACAGUUCGAAGUUCUAGGAAUGUAAAAAAACCUCAAAGAAUAAUAAAGCUAGCCAAAGAUCUACAUUCAUCCUCAACGGCACCCAAAUACGAGGUGUUUCUACUUGAUGGAUUAUUGAGUGCUUUAAUAAACAAGUCAGACAGAACACUAACCUCCGAGAAGCCAUGCUCUUUAAUCCAAGACAAAGCAUCUUUAAUUGCCAUGGUUUCCGCAGUUUGUGGCUCUAAAGGACAGUUAAUGAAAGAGUUGAAAGCUCCAAUAAAAGAGUUAUCUUCACCUCGAAUGAUUGCACCGACUCCCACCCGCCGAACAUUCUCGAACACAACUGCAUCCACCGAGCACGUAAUGCCGCUGAUUCUAGACUCCGCCACAGGUGCCUUCGACCCCAAACAGUGUGAUGGCGUUGAGGCCAAAGCCUCUCUGGUCCAGGCCUCGAUGAUACCCACGGUCAGCAGCUUACUCUCCCAAUUGGCCAUGUUCCUCGCCUUCCACAGUGCCCAGAUCCCCGCCGCCACACAGUCCAUUUCCCUUCAGCCCCUGCUGCAAAAGUUAAAAUCUGCCCAGUGCAGUAGCGAAUCAAAACAAUGGCCAUGGUUAUUGACAACCUUGACUCCCAGCACCCGCCAGUAUUUGCUCGACCGGGCAUGCCACGAAGACAUGAGUAACACUCUCCUCAGCAGAACCACAGCUACGACACAGAGGAUCUAACUGUAUUCCUUUACUCUCCAGUGAACAUGCAACCGGAAAAAUAUCCCAAAGGGCCCUCCAAAAACAAACUUGACUUUAGGAGCCACAUUCAGCUUCCACAACCUGCUCCAAUGGUUAAAAUAGGAUGUGUUUGGUGCCUCCCCAGUAAGCUUCCUAUACGCACUUUUAACAGUAUAAUCCCCAAACGAAUCCAACGCCCAGUACCAUUGGUCUGUAAGCGCUGACGAUAUCGGGACCUGAAGAAUUCGGGCUCUAUCAUCUUCAGAAAACCAGUGCUGCAACAUAUCCAAUUUCCAAGUGUUAGUGGAGUGAUCAAUGAGAAACGAGACUGGAAAAGCUGGGAAAAAAUCUGGUCGGGGAGUAGAUAUAGACGGGCUCGAUUUGUCCCAUAACCAUGCGUGACUCCAAACAAGGGUAUCACCCCCGUUCUCAAUUCUUUUUCUACCUGCAUCUUUAAUGAGAUGUUGGGCAUCCAAAAUACUCCUCCAAACAAAGCUUGGGUUAGGUCCAAUCUUUGCCUCUAAAAAAGACGUCUUCGGAAAGUAUCUUGCCCUGAAAAUCUUAGUUGUUCAUGACCCCAAAUUUGUUAAAAACUUCCACCCUUGCUUGCCCAACAUGGCAAAAUUAAAGUCAUGGAUAGCCUUAAAACAAAUCCCCCGAACUUUUUUGGACUUGUCAAACGCCUCCACGACAACCAAUGAAUAUUAGAGGAACCAUCGCCACUAUUUCGCCACCAAAACUAGUUCAUAAUUCUUUCAAUCUUCUGGCAGACCCCAAUGGGCAGGAGGAACACACUCAUAGCAUAUUGUGGCAUUGCGUGGGCCACUGUUUUUAGUAAGAUCUCCUUUCCGGCUUUUGAGAGCAAACGUUUAUUCCAUCCACAAAUAAGAUGACGGAUCUUGUCCAGAAUAAAUGAAAAGACCACGUUUUUAUUUCUACCAAUGCAUGAAGGGAGACCUAAAUAUUUCCCAAAGUCAUCUGCUAGAGUAACACCAAAAAAGCGGCUAAUUUCCUCGUUAACCUCAUGGAAAGUAUUAAGGCUAAAGCAGACCGUUGACUUACAGAAGUUCACUUGUUGUCCCGAGGCUAACUCAUAUUCCU